CCGUGUAAUGUCCUCCCUAUCCGGCGAGAUAAGCCCGGGGUUCCCGAACGAAUCGUUGUGAUGGUCAUCUUCAGUAUUCUUCAAAACCACCAGAGACAAAAGGGGAAGAAAAAAACACAACGUAUUGAUCAGUUGACAGAAGGAAGGAUGAAGGCAGACCAGGAAGCUCCUCCCCCCUCCCCCGGAUUGGAGGAUUUGGCGAUCAGGUGUCGGGAAGUGUGUCGGUCGUACGGGAAACUCAAAGUCCUGAGUAACCUCAACUUGACCGUACCACAGGGACACAUCUACGGCCUGCUGGGUCCGAGUGGAUGUGGGAAGACCACGCUGUUGAAAUGCAUUCUGGGAACCCUGAAGAUCUCCCGAGGGCACAUCAGCGUGUUGGGGAAGCCACCCGCAUUUCCUGGACACCAGGUCCCUGGGAGGAUGGUGGGGUACAUGCCACAGGACCUGGCGUUGUACAGUGAGUUUUCUAUCAGUGACACUCUGACGUUCUUCGGAAGGAUCCACGGCCUGUCAUCUACGGACACACAGGCACGCAUGGACUUCCUGGUGGACUUCCUGGACCUACCUCACAACAGCAGCCUGGUUGGAAAACUCAGCGGAGGGCAGAAACGGAGGGUGUCUCUAGGAGCAGCCUUACUUCAGAACCCCCAGUUAUUGAUUCUGGAUGAACCCACAGUCGGGGUGGACCCUGUGCUGAGAGCCAAGAUCUGGCAGCAUCUAGUAGAGAUUGUGAAAACUGGAAAAGUAUCAGUCGUCAUCACCACUCACUACAUAGAGGAGGCCAGGCAAGCCAACGUGGUGGGUCUGAUGAGGAAUGGCCGAAUGCUGGCAGAGGGGGAACCAGAAACCUUGAUGAAACAGAACAGUGCUGUGACCCUGGAGAAAGCCUUCCUGCAGCUGUGUGAGACCUCAGACCAGGUGGGCUCCAAACACAGCACCUACCCUCAGGGUGGGGUACUAGAGAGCGGCCAAUCACUCGAAAGCGGCCGGGAAGAGAUUCAACCAAUCCUGGGAGUCGGGCCGGGACCAGUUGAAGAGCUGCCCAAAUACUCAGCGGACUGGAAGGUACGAGUCAGGCAUGUGAUGCCAAAGUGGAGGAACAUCGCAGCUCUGAUUAUCAAGACCACGGUGCGGAUGAAGAGAAUGCCUGGGUCCCUGUUUUUCCAGUUCCUUCUGCCAGUCAUGCAGAUCUCUCUGAUGUGUCUGUGUAUCGGAGGAGACCCCAAAGGAAUACAGGUGGCUGUGGUCAACAAUGAGACCUCCUCCAGCUCCUAUAGCCAAUCCCUGCUCUCCUUCCUGGACAACUCCAGCGUGCAACAGGUGAACCUGUCUCAUGCUGAGGCUUUUGCAGGGGCCUAUAACGGAGAGUACUGGGCCGUCAUCGGGUUUGGAAAGAAUUUUACCAGCUACCUGACCAAGAGGAUGAUCCAGCGGCAGGUCUCUAAGGAGGUGGUGGAUGGAGGGUCGGUGCACGUCUGGUUGGACCUGACCAAUCGACAGAUCGCCUUAAUGCUUCAGAAAAAAAUUAAAGAUGCCUUUGAGGGUUUUAUCCAGUAUAAGAUGAGUAGCAGGUCUUACCUGCUCUCUCUUCCUGUCAAGUUUGAGGAGCCCAUCUAUGGCAGCAUGAACUCAGACUUCACCACGUUUGUGACGCCAGGAGCCGUUCUGAGCAUCACUUUCUACCUGGCAGUGGGCUUGACCGCUCUGUCCUUUGUGAUAGAGAGGAAGGAGGGGCUAAUGGAAAGGUGCUGGGUCUCAGGUGUGAGUUCAAUGGAGACCGUGCUGGCGUAUCUCAUCUCCCAGCUGAUUAUCAUCAGUGUCCAGAUAAUUCUACUACUGAUCUUAAUGCUGCUUGUCUUUAAGAUCCCUAAUGAGGGGAACCUGGUGUUGGUUAUAGCUCUGAUCGUGCUGCAGGGUAUAACAGGCACUUCCUUUGGUCUGGUCAUCUCAUCCGCCAUCGAUGACGAACAGAACGCCACCCAAGCUGCCCUUGGUAUCUUCUACCCCAACCUCAUCGUCAGUGGUAUAAUCUGGCCUGUGGAGUGCAUCCCCUAUCCACUACGUUACAUCAGUCUGGCCCUGCCCCAGACCUACGCUUCUGAAGCCCUACGAUGCAUCAUGUACAGAGGCUGGGGUCUCUCCAGGAUGAUAGUGUGGCGAGGCUUUGUUGUCACCCUGGGCUGGAACACUUUCUUCGUCAUCCUGGCCAUCGUCAUCCUCAAGCUGAGGAUGUGAGACACCUGCCCAGGGAAGAUGUGUGCUUAUGUAGUGUAUGUGAGUGUGUGAGGGUUUUGUGUGGGAGUGUCAAUGUGGUGUGUGUAUAUAUAGUCUAGGGUAUGUGUAUAUAUAGUCUAGUGAGUGUGUAUAUGGUGUGUAUAUAUAGUCUAGUGAGUGUGUAUAUGGUGUGUGUAUAUAUAGUCUAGUGAGUGUGUGUAGGGUCAGUGCAGAUAGGGUAACUUUCCCCCUCACUCACGUUAGUUUGGCCACUCAACCUAUCUAUUUGUCACUCACAAACCAAUCAAAAUGCCUGAAAUGUUAUUUCAUGUUAUUUCAUUAUGGACAAUAAUAUGAAUGGGUGUGAUACGUUUACAGCAGGAUUCUACUGUCCUGCCGUUAUAAGUCUGUAAUGUUAGUGUGUUUUCCCGAUACAGCUUUGCAUAUUGUUGAUAGUUAAUUGCCAUUAUUGCAUUGGUUGCACCGGUGUUUUAUGGAGGAGAUUUGUUGUACACAAGUCGGGAAUUGUUAAAAGUUAAGAAGGGUAUUUUUUGUCAAAGCAGCUGUUAGGGUCAGAGUUAUGCGUAGCCUCAUUAGACGGACUUUCAAACGCACAACUAGGUUGCCUGGCAACUCAAACGGAAUCAUUCCGCUGCUCGAUGUUCGCUACAUACUUCGUUGCGCAGAAGGAACCAACGUCCGUGGGCAUGGCGUAGUUUUUGGCCAGAGAAAGGAUUUUGGCCCAUAUGUCAUGUCUUUCUAGAAUGCCCUUUUAAGAAAUAUUCAUUGGGAAAAUGUUCGGUCUCUUUCUCAGAAGUUUCUUUUAACUAAUAAUAUUAAAGAAGUUUAAUAGAAAUGAAUCCACAAGUGCUGCUCUACUAAACAAGUUUUUAAAAAUACAUUGAUGUUUCUUGUACCUUCUGUAAUGACCAACAUUACCUUCUGUGAUGAUCAACAUUACCUCCUGUAAUGAUCAACAUUACCAACAUUACCUUCUGUAAUGACCAACAUUACCUUCUGUAAUGACCAACAUUACAUUCUGUAAUGAUCAACAUUACCUUCUGGAAUGACCAACAUUGCCUUCUGUGAUGACCAACAUUACAUUCUGUAAUGAUCAACAUUACCUUCUGGGAUGACCAACAUUACCUUCUGUGAUGACCAACAUGACCUUCUGUAAUGACCAAUAUUACCUUCUGUAAUGACCAACAUUACCUUCUGUGAUGACCAACAUUACCUUCUGUAAUGACCAACAUUACCUUCUGUAAUGACCAACAUCACCUUCUGUAAUGACCAACAUUACCUUAUGUAAUGGCCAACAUUACCUUCUGUAAUGACCAACAAUACCUUCUAAUAAUGACCAACAUUACCUUCUAAUAAUGACCAACAUUACCUUCUGUAAUGACCUACCUUCUGUAAUGACCUACCUUCUGUAAUGACCUACCUUCUGUAAUGACCAACAUUACCUUCUGUAAUGACCUACCUUCUGUAAUGACCUACCUUCUGUAAUGACCAACAUUACCUUCUGUAAUGACCAACAUUACCUUCUGUAAUGACCAAUAUUACCUUCUGUUGUAAUGACCAACAUUACCUUCUGUAAUGACCAACAUUACCUUCUAAUAAUGACCAACAUUACCUUCUGUAAUGACCAACAUUACCUUCUGUUGUAAUGACCAACAGUACCUUCUGUAAUGGACAACAUUACCUUCUGUAAUGACCAAUAUUACCUUCUGUUGUAAUGACCAACAUUACCUUCUGUAAUGACCAACAUUACCUUCUAAUAAUGACCAACAUUACCUUCUGUAAUGACCAAUAUUAGCUUCUGUAAUGACCAAUAUUACCUUCUGUAAUGACCAAUAUUACCUUCUGUAAUGACCAACAUUACCUUCUGUAAUGACCAACAUUACCUUCUGUGAUGAUCAACAUUACCUUCUGUAAUGACUAACAUUACCUUCUGUAAUGACCAACAUUACCUUCUGUAAUGACCAACAGGAGACUGCUUCACAUUUAGUUUGGUAUUGAUCUUAUACCAGGAAGCUGUGGCAAGAUAUCUGGAGAUUGUUUUCGAUCAUAAACAUUUUCCCUUUUACUUGAAAAUGUGAUAUUUGGUUUUAAAAGUAUAGCAAAUUAGUUCUUCUUAAAUCAACCUCAUUGGUAUUUUAUCUCAAUUCCAUAUUCAUAAAUGUAAAUGACAAAAACCUCUUUACUAUUUUUGGAAUGAAAUUGAACAAUAUAUAAAGAACAUUUCUUCUUCUGAUAACAAAACCAACCAAAAGGUUGAAUGUAGUAAUAAGGUGUUGACAUAAUGUAUGGGCUGCAUUACCCUGACUGUUUGUUAUGUUUAGAUACUCUGUUGUGUACUCUGUUUGUUUUUCUAUAUUGGUAUUUUUUUUAACAAUAAAAUUAAAAAGACAACUAGG